CUGUGUGUAUUGUACUCAUAGAACUAUUGUCGUUUUGCCAUAGAAGAAAAAAAAAACUAUUGUCGUUGGCAAUAUUUGACUGUCAUACUUUUUUCAGUCUUCACAUACUUGUCAUUGUAUUGUUGUCAAUUCAAUUCAUGGACUCAAUUCGGGAUUGUGUGUGGUGUUUUUAAUUUACGCUGUUUACUUUUGUACUAAUAAUUAAUAAUGACGAGACACGCAAGAAACUGUACGGCGGGUGCCGUAUACACGUACCACGAAAAGAAGAAAGACGCUGCAGCUUCUGGAUACGGAACACAAAGUGAGAGAUUGGGGAAAGAUUCUAUCAAGAAUUUUGAUUGUUGCAGCUUGACCCUACAACCUUGUAGAAAUCCAGUGAUUACAAAAGAAGGAUACUUGUUUGAUAAAGAAGCAAUCUUAAAAUACUUAGUCGCGAAAAAGAAUGAAUAUUCACGGAAAUUGAGUAAGUACGAGAAACAGUUGAAAAAGGAGGAAGCAGAAAAGGCGGAAUUGGCGGCGGCUGAGAAAGAGUCAAAUUUGAUCAAAUUCAUGAACAGGGAGAAGAAUAUCUCGAGUAACAAUCAACAGGCGGAAGCUUCGACUUCAUCAUCAUCAGUGUCAAAUCUCUCAAAUGGGAAAGCAAAGAAACUUCCAAGCUUUUGGUUGCCCUCUGAGCUACCAGAUGCUAAAAUCACAAAGAUUGAAAAACCUGACUCCACAGUUUAUUGCCCAAUAAGUGGGAAACCAUUAAAAAUGAAGGACCUAAUUGAUGUGAAAUGGACUUUAGUUAAUGAUCCAGAUGACAAGAAGUCACUAAUUGCUAAGGAGAAUAGAUACAUGUGUCCUGUUACUCAUGAUAUUCUCAGUAAUGCUGUCCCAUGUGCUAUUAUCAGAACUACUGGUGAUGUGGUCACCAUGGAAUGUGUUGAGAAGAUCAUCAAGAAGGAUUGGCUGCACCCACUUACUGGUGACAAGUUGAAGGAGAAGGACAUCAUCCCUCUUCAAAGAGGGGGUACAGGAUAUGCCCUCACUAAUCAAAAACUGGAGGGAAAGAAUGAGAGACCAGUUCUACAAGCUUAGGAUAGUUUAUUUUUAUUUUUACAACAUAAGUUAUGUUAUAAAAUAGUUUAUAAAAAAUAAUUAUAUAUCUUUGA